AUGACAGUGGAAAGUGAAUCCAGUAAUGUCCAUGACCCAAAUCCAGAAACAGAAGCUGCUCAGCCUUUGGAUGAUGAAACAAACAAAGAUCUACCAGUCAAAAAGAAGAGUUCCUGUUGCACUGGCUUGAAGGCAUUUCUUGCUGCUUUGUCCUUCAGCUACUUGAGUAAAGCAAUGUCUGGUACAAUUAUGAAAAGCUCCAUCACUCAGAUUGAGCGAAGGUUCGACCUGACAUCCUCCACUGUUGGUUUUGUCGAUGGGAGCUUUGAGAUGGGUAACUUGCUGGUGAUUGCAUUGGUAAGCUACUUUGGAGCUCAACUUCAUAGGCCCAGAGUAAUAGCUAUUGGAUCCUUUACUAUGGCUUUGGGAAGUCUUUUAACAGCGAUGCCUCAUUUCUUCAUGGGAUAUUAUAACUAUGAGACAACAUCAUACACAGGUGCUUCAUCCAGCCUAACUUCAAGCACAAGCCCCUGUUCCCUACAUCAAGAUGUAAAUGAAACCUUGUUGGAAUCCUCCCAGUCAGGCUGUGAGAAGGAAACAUCAUCAUAUAUGUGGAUAUAUAUCUUACUGGGAAACAUGUUACGUGGGAUUGGUGAGACACCCAUAACACCAUUGGGCAUCUCUUAUCUUGAUGAUUUUGCUAGAGAAGAGGAUGUGCCUGUGUAUGUAGCAUGUUUGCACACAAUAGCCAUGUUGGGCCCAAUGUUUGGUUUCAUGUUGGGGUCUUUAUGUGCAAGACUGUAUGUGGAUAUUGGAUUUGUGGAUUUAGAAAACAUCACUAUCACCCCACAGGAUUCCCGCUGGGUGGGUGCAUGGUGGCUUGGAUUUUUGAUAGCUGGAGUAACCAGUUUCCUAUCUGCAAUUCCAUUUUGCUUCCUGCCAAAGAGUCUGAAGAAGCCAGAGGAAGCCAAUAAUGACAAAACUGUCCAUGGCCUCUUGGAAAACACGGGCACCAUAAGGAAGACUCUUCCUCCUGCAAAACUUAAGUCAAGGAAGUGUUCAGUAAUGUUGAAAGAUUUCUAUACCUCCCUGAAAAAAGUAUUGAGUAAUCGAAUGUACUUUACAUUUUUGUGUUGCUCACUGUUACAGUUCAGUAGCUUUAUUGGUUUCUUGACUUACAAACCAAAGUACAUGGAGCAACAGUAUGACCAGUCUGCUUCGAAAUCUAACUUUCUAAUAGGAAUGACAUCCUUACCUCCUGUAAGUGUUGGGAUUUUCCUAGGAGGGCUCAUAAUGAAAAAGUACAAAAUGAGCAUCACUGGAGCAACCAAAUUUGCAUUUAGCAUGUCAUUUGUGGGCUACGUCACUGCUCUCUUGCACUUUUUUGUUGGCUGUGAAAACCAUGUGGUAGCAGGGAUGACAGUGUCUUAUGAAGGCAACCCCAUUCCAUACCAUGGGAACAACAUAUUUUCUGAGUGCAACUCUGACUGCAAAUGUGCCCCUAAUGCGUGGGAUCCUGUGUGUGGAGACAAUGGAGUCACCUACAUUUCGCCCUGUCUAGCUGGGUGCAGGACGUCGGUGGGACACGGAAAGAACACAGUCUUCCAUAACUGCAGCUGUCUUGAAGCCAGUAGUUUAUGGACAGGAAAUAACUCUGCCACAGUGGGGCAAUGUCCAAAAAGUGAGGAUUGUUCAAGGAUGUUUAUUUAUUAUACAGUCAUACAAGUCAUAGGUGGCUUUUUUUAUGCAUUGGGAGGCACUCCAGCAUACAUGAUUAUGUUUAGAUGUGUUCAGCCAGAGUUGAAAUCUCUUGCAGUUGGUCUAUACACACUGAUUAUGAGAGUGCUAGCUGGGAUUCCAGCACCAGUUUACUUUGGUGCACUGAUAGACAAGACAUGUUUGAAAUGGGGAAGUACAAGCUGUGGGAAGCGAGGAGCUUGCAGGCUGUACAACUCUGAUGCAUUCAGGUAUAUCUACCUUGGCUUACCAGCAGUGUUAAGAGGUCCUUCCUACUUGGUUGCAGUUGUUUUUUAUAUAUUGAUAAAGAAAAACUAUCAAAAUAAGAAUUCCAGGCCUGUGGAGAAUGGAGGAAGAGAAGAUGCUUCUCUGAAUAAAGAAGAUAACUGCAAAAUCAAAGAGCAUUUGCCAGGUUCUUCUGAUGCAGAGAAUGAAUCAAGUAUUUAG